UCUCAUAUAAAAUAAUGCAAGAAAGUAACCAAUGCCUAAAGAAUCCACUUUUAGGAAAUAUGUAUGUCCAAAACUAAAACUGUCGAGACUUUUACUGGACAAUCUGUUUCGUUUUGGCACAAAACCUUCCAGCACUGGAAGAAUUGAAUUCUAAGAAACACACACCGUCACCAACCGUUUGAUUUUUACGAAAUUGCGGAAUUGCACAAAACUCUAGUUGCAGAAUUGCGCAAAACUUGAGUUUCGAAAAAGCGGAAUAGGACAAUUUUGCACGAAAUGACUUUUGCAAAUGAUUGCGCAAAUUGUUGUUUUUUCGCGCAAAACAGAUCCGCAAAGAAAGAAAAAUUUUGCGUUUUGUUCCACAAAAAUUGCGCAAAAGUUUUGCGAAUGGAAACCCUACCAUAAAAGUAUAUAGGUUUAGAUGUUGAAUUUAGAUUUGAUGGCUAAAAUGAACAUUUUUAGAUGAGAACUGUCUUGUGUUUGACUUUUCUGUUGGCUGGAGUAUCCCAGGCCAAAAAUAUUCAACCUAAGCUUGAUAUUGUUUUGAUUGGCAAUGAAACCGAAUCAAGGAAUAUCUUGCCAAAACUUGAAGUUCAACUUCUUGUAAAUGAGACUGAAGAAAUUGAUCCAAGCCUAUUGACUCCAAAGCUAGAGGUCCAGCUUCUUACAAAUGAAACUGAGGUUGUUGAUCCCAGUCUGCUGACUCCUAAGAUGGCUUUGGACAGAGCUACAACAGAUUGUGGAUGUGGGUAUGCUGUGAGCAAUCCUAAUCCAGCAGCUGGAAGAAUUGUUGGUGGAUCUGUAGUUACCCCACAGAACAAGCUUCCAUAUCAAGUAUAUGUUCAGACCUGUUUUGCUGAUGGCUGCUCUAUGUGCGGAGGCACGUUGAUCAAUAAAAGGUAUAUCAUGACUGCAAUGCAUUGUGUUAAGAGUGGAGGUGUCAUGGCUAAGAGUGCGUUGGUCAAAGUUGGAGAUUACAGUUUAAAUUCUGCUAUUGAGACAAUACCACAACAGAAUAUUCCUGUUGCCAAUAUUAUUAUGAGAGAUGACUAUGAUGCACAAACUAUCAAUAAUGAUAUUGCUCUGCUCCGCUUGUCUUCUGAUGUUGUAUUUAACGCCAAUGUUGUACCGGCCUGCCUACCUACUGAUCCAAAUAAUCUUUAUGUAGGCCAGCAAGCAGUUGUUUCAGGUUGGGGCACUACAUCUUUCGGAGGGUCUAUUAGUAAUUUACUGAAAGAAACUACGCUUAAAAUUGUAGCUAACUCUGAUUCAACCUGCUUACCAAAAUAUGGAGAUAUUGGAAAAACAAGGAUGUGCGCUUAUGCAGCAGGAACUAAUAGCUGUCAGGGAGAUAGCGGUGGACCUCUGGUUGUUAAGGAGGAUGGAAGAUACACAGUAGUAGGUGUUGUAUCCUAUGGUAUAGGUUGUGCUAAUGCUGACACUGCUGGAGUAUAUGUUAGAGUGAACAACUACUUGGACUGGAUCAACACAAAUAUUGCAGAUGGAUGGUGUUCAGGAACUAAUCCAACCCAAGCUCCAGCUACAAGUGGUGCAUGUGAUCUCAGAUGUGUGGGGACAUUUUCUGGAAACUAUCUAUUGAAUGGUCUCCCUGCAACUUGCAGCCUAGGUAUUUGCACUUCUACAGAUGGAAGUAAUCUUUGCAGUGCUUUAGAAUUUCCAUGCGGAGUACCAACUGUUGCUCCCACUAUUGCUGCCCCAACCACANAAGCUGUCCAACAACCAAACCUCCAGCAACUACUGCUCCAACAACCAAACCUCCAGCAACUACUGCUCCUACAACCAAACCUCCAACUACAGGUGUUGCAUGUGAUCUCAAAUGUUACGGAUGGAAGUGAUCUUUGCAGUGCUUUGGGAAAUCCAUGUGCUUCAACAACCAAACCUCCAGCAACUACUGCUCCAACAACCAAACCACCAACCACUGUUGCUCCAACAACCAAACCUCCAACCACUGCUGCACCAACGACUGCUCCAAUCUGUAAUCUAACAUGUAUAAACGGUACACUAGCUGGUAUUAGUCUAAUCAAUGGAAUUCAAUCUACAUGCGCCAAUGGAAGAUGUUAUGGGUCAUUUUCUGGAAACUAUCAAUUGACAUCAUUGAAUGGUCUCCCAGUCCCUUAUACCUGCAGCCAAGGUUUUUGCUGGGCUACAGAUGGAAAUGAUCUUUGCAGUAUUUUGAAAUAUCCAUGUGCUCCAACAACCAAACCUCCAACCACUGCGGCUCCAACAACCAAACCUCCAACCACUACUGCUCCAACAACCAAACCUCCAACCCCUGCUGCACCAACGACUGCUCCAAUCUGUAAUCUAACAUGUAUAAACAGUGUAAUAAAUGGUAUUAAUCUGAUCAAUGGAAUUCAAUCUAUAUGCACCAAUGGAAGAUGCAGUGCAACUAAUGGCAGUGACCUUUGCAAGCAAAUUUUUUAUCCUUGUGGAGUUUGA